AGCGCCGCCGCCGCCACCUCCUCCUCUUGCAUCUCACUGGCCUGGCUCUGUGUUGCUCUGAGUGACAAAGACAAUGUCCCAGCCUUAACUUUGCAACCACCUUGCCUCCUUCUGGGCUUCGGCGGGGGGGAGGGGGGACCGCAGCCGCAGCCUCAGCAUCUCUUCCAGCUUCUCCUCGCUCUUCUGCAGCUCUUGGAGAAUUCUUCGCUCGCUCUCCUUUUUUCUCCCUCAGCCCUAUCCUCAUUUCUUUCUUUCCCCUGUUCCCCCCUCUUCCUCUGCCGCACGUUGUUGUUAUUAGCAAGGCUUCGCGCACCCCCUGGUGCUCCGGCGUUUUGUGUGGCAGGAGAAGAUUGUCUUCCUUCUCUCUUUCUGUCUUGCUUUCUCUCUGCCUGUGGUUGCUCAUUAUUCAGAGAGAGACACAGAGGGAGGGAGAGCGAGCGAGCGAGCGAGCGCGCGAGGGAGAGGGAGGAGAGGAGAGAAGAGGAGAGCGAGGGGAGAGAGAGUGAGAGGGAGAGGGAGGGAGGGCGAGAGGGAGAGGGAGAGGGACGGAUAUCUCAGGUCAUCUGCAGCUGCAGCGAGUCUGAGGAGCCGAGGAAGGCAGGGAAGAUGGCGAUCCUCCAUUGCUGAGACCCGGCAGAAGCACAUGAGACUCCCAAACAACUUCCACAACAAUAACCCGAGCAGGAAGAGGAGAAAGAGAAAGAGGAUAAGGAGGCGGUGGGGCUGGAGAACGCGAAGCACCUUCCGGCGCCGGGACGCUUCUUCUGUUCCUAAUGUGAGAGGCUAGAUCCCGGCCAUGGAGGUGCUUCAGUGUGAUGGCUGUGAUUUCAGAGCCCCGUCCUAUGAAGAUCUCAAGGCACACAUCCAGGAUGUCCAUACCGCGUUUCUGCAGCCGACGGAUGUUGCCGAGGACAAUGCCAACGAGCCCCGGUCUGGAUCCAUGAAUGCCAGCAACCAGACAGAGGUGGAGUUUUCUUCUAUAAAGGAUGAGUUUGCGAUUGCAGAGGAUUUAUCAGGUCAAAAUGCAACUGCACUGGGGACCGGAAGUUACUAUGGCCACAGUCCAGGAUAUUACGGUCAGCAUAUUGCCCCUAAUCCCAAACCAACAAACAAGUUUUUUCAAUGCAAGUUCUGCGUACGCUACUUCAGGUCCAAAAACCUCCUCAUAGAACACACUAGGAAGGUCCAUGGAGCUCAAGCUGAAGGGAGUUCGGCAGGACCACCUGUCCCGGGAUCCUUAAAUUAUAAUAUCAUGAUGCAUGAGGGAUUUGGAAAGGUCUUCUCUUGCCAGUUUUGCACAUACAAGUCACCAAGGAGGGCGAGAAUAAUUAAACAUCAGAAGAUGUAUCACAAAAACAAUUUGAAGGAGACCACAGCUCCCCCGCCCGCUCCUGCUCCAAUGCCAGACCCUGUGGUGCCUCCUGUGUCCCUGCAGGACCCCUGCAAGGAACUUCCAGCAGAGGUUGUGGAGCGCAGCAUCUUAGAAUCCAUGGUCAAACCUUUGACCAAGUCCCGAGGCAACUUCUGCUGCGAGUGGUGCAGCUACCAGACCCCGCGCCGAGAACGCUGGUGUGACCACAUGAUGAAGAAACAUCGCAGUAUGGUCAAGAUCCUUUCCAGCCUUAGACAGCAGCAAGAAGGGACUAAUCUACCCGAUGUGCAGAACAAGAAUGCCCCCAGCCCCACUUCCAACUCCUCCUAUCUGUCCAUGAAUGCUGCCAGCCGGGAGAUCCCCAACACGAAUGUCUCCAGCUAUAGGGGCUCCAUCGGCAACUCCAUCAUGAGACCCAAUUCUUCUUCAGCUUCCAAGUUUUCGCCCAUGUCUUACCCUCAGGUGAAGCCGAAGUCACCUCACAAUUCUGGCUUAGUGAACCUGACCGAGAGAUCCCGUUACGGAAUGACGGACAUGACCAAUUCUUCUGCUGACCUGGAAACAAACAGCAUGCUCAAUGACUCCAGUUCCGACGAGGAACUAAAUGAAAUAGACAGUGAGAAUGGUUUAAAUGCUAUGGAUCACCAGGCAUCAGGCAUGUCUGCAGAGCAGCUGAUGGGCUCAGAUGGCAACAAAUUAUUGGAGACCAAGGGGAUUCCGUUUAGAAGAUUCAUGAACAGGUUCCAGUGCCCCUUUUGUCCUUUCCUGACCAUGCAUCGACGUAGCAUUUCCCGUCACAUAGAAAACAUCCACUUAUCUGGAAAGACAGCGGUCUACAAAUGUGACGAAUGUCCGUUUACUUGCAAGAGCUCGCUGAAACUUGGGGCUCACAAACAGUGUCACACGGGUACCACGUCCGAUUGGGAUGCUGUGAAUUCCCAGAGUGAAAGCAUUUCUUCCUCUCUGAAUGAAGGCGUCGUAUCUUACGAGAGCUCGAGCAUCAAUGGUAGAAAGUCAGGUGUCCUGUUGGAUCCCUUGCAGCAGCAGCCGCCGCCGCCGCCACCACCGCCACCACCGCCACCACCACCCUCACAGCCACAGCCGCUGCAGCAGCCGCAGCCACCGCAGCUGCAGCCACCACAUCAGGUGCCACCCCCGCCCCAGCCCCAGCCACCACCAAGCCAGCAGCCACAGCCACCCACGCAAGCCCCGCCCCUGCACCCUUACAAAUGCACCAUGUGUAAUUACUCCACCACGACUCUGAAGGGGCUGAGAGUCCAUCAGCAGCACAAACACUCAUUCUGCGACAACUUGCCAAAAUUCGAGGGCCAGCCCUCAAGCUUACCGUUGGAAAAUGAGACAGACAGCCACCCCUCUUCCAGCAACACUGUGAAGAAAAGUCAGACCUCAAUUCUUGGGUUGUCCUCCAAGAACAAUUUUGUAGCUAAGUCCUCCAGGAAGCUCGCUAAUGACUUUCCUCUCGAUUUAUCGCCCGUGAAGAAGAGAACCAGGAUUGACGAGAUAGCAAGCAACCUGCAGAGCAAAAUUAACCAAACCAAACAGCAGGAAGAUGCGGUGAUCAAUGUUGAGGAUGAUGAGGAAGAAGAGGAAGACAAUGAAGUGGAGAUAGAGGUUGAGUUGGACAGGGAGGAAGAACCCACAGAACCAAUCCUGGAGGUUCCCACUUCCUUUUCGGCCCAACAGAUCUGGGCAAGAGACACCAGCGAACCUCAGAAGGAGCCCAACUUCAGAAACGUCACCCAUGAUUACAACGCCACCAAUGGGGCUGAAAUCGAGCUCACCCUCUCUGAAGAUGAAGAGGAUUAUUACGGCUCCUCAACAAACAUGAAGGAUCACCAGGUUUCCAACACCGCUCUGCUGAACACCCAAACUCCUAUCUAUGGAACUGAGCACAAUAAUGAAAACACAGACUUUAGUGACUCCGGAAGGCUUUAUUAUUGCAAACACUGUGACUUCAACAACAAAUCUGCCCGAAGUGUUAGCACCCACUACCAACGAAUGCACCCGUACAUUAAGUUCAGCUUCAGGUACAUCUUGGACCCCAACGACCACAGUGCAGUGUACAGGUGCCUGGAAUGCUACAUCGAUUACACCAACUUCGAAGACCUCCAGCAGCACUACGGGGAGCACCACCCAGAAGCCAUGAAUGUCCUCAACUUUGACCAUUCGGACCUGAUCUACCGCUGUCGGUUCUGUUCGUACACGAGCCCGAAUGUCAGAAGCCUGAUGCCACAUUACCAAAGAAUGCAUCCCACGGUGAAGAUCAACAACGCGAUGAUAUUUUCAAGCUAUGUCGUGGAGCAGCAGGAAGGGCUGAACACCGAAUCCCAGACCCUGAGGGAGAUUCUCAAUUCAGCUCCCAAGAACUUGGCGACGUCCACUCCCGUGGCUCGUGGUGGUGGCAUGCCGGCUACGUUUAAUAAGAACACUCCGUCAAAGACCUUUACUUCAGAAUGCGAAAAUCAGAAGGACCCCUCGGUCAACACCGUUGUCGUUUACGACUGUGACGUGUGCUCAUUCGCGAGCCCCAACAUGCAUUCUGUCUUGGUUCAUUAUCAGAAGAAACACCCUGAAGAAAAGGCUUCCUACUUUAGGAUCCAGAAAACCAUGCGAAUGGUGUCUGUGGACAGGGGCUCCGCCCUUUCUCAGUUGUCAUUUGAGGUGGGUGCUCCAAUGUCUCCCAAAAUGUCCAACAUGGGUUCCCCACCCCCCCCACCACCCCCACCACCAGACCUCAGUACUGAGCUUUACUACUGCAAACACUGCUCCUACAGCAAUCGGUCAGUUGUGGGAGUGCUUGUCCACUACCAGAAAAGACACCCAGAAAUAAAGGUCACUGCCAAAUAUAUCAGACAGGCUCCUCCCACAGCUGCAAUGAUGAGAGGGGCCGAAGGGCCCCAAGGCUCCCCUCGGCCACCCGCCCCCAUGCAACAGCUGAACCGAAGCAGCUCGGAGAGAGACGGCCCUCCUGUGGAGAAUGAGAUGUUCUUCUGCCAGCACUGUGAUUACGGGAACCGGACGGUCAAAGGCGUACUCAUUCACUACCAGAAGAAGCACCGCGACUUCAAGGCCAAUGCUGACGUGAUCCGCCAGCACACGGCCACCAUCCGAAGCCUCUGCGACCGGAACCAGAAGAAGCCUGCCAGUUGUGUGCUUGUCCCCACCUCCGGUGCGGAGCGGGACAAAACCAAACUGCGGGCGCUCAAAUGUAGGCAGUGCUCUUAUACCUCCCCCUACUUCUAUGCACUGAGGAAGCAUAUCAAGAAAGACCACCCUGCCCUGAAGGCCACGGUCACGUCCAUCAUGCGAUGGGCGUUUCUAGAUGGCUUGAUAGAAGCUGGCUACCACUGUGAGUGGUGCAUCUAUUCCCAUACGGAGCCCAAUGGUUUGCUCCUGCAUUACCAAAGGAGGCAUCCAGAGCAUUACGUUGAUUAUACUUACAUGGCCACCAAACUCUGGGCUGGGCCAGACCCCUCCCCUCCCUCCCUCACAAUGCCAGCUGAAGCCAAAACAUACCGGUGCAGGGACUGUGUCUUUGAAGCCGUCUCCAUCUGGGACAUCACCAAUCACUACCAAGCAUUCCACCCCUGGGCUAUGAAUGGUGAUGAGUCGGUGCUCCUGGAUAUUAUCAAGGAGAAAGAUGGUGUUGAGAAGCCCAUCCUCCCCACUGAAGAGUUGGCAGGCCCUGUGAAUUGUGAGAACAGCAUGCCCAUCCCCCUCCCCGAGCAGGAAGCUGAAUGCCCAGAGGAUGCGAGACUUUCCCCAGAGAAAAGCAUGCACCUGGCUUCAGCCAACCCCGCCAUCUCCUCCACCCCGUACCAGUGCACCGUGUGCCAGUCUGAGUACAACAACUUGCACGGCCUUCUCACCCAUUACGGGAAGAAGCACCCGGGCAUGAAGGUGAAGGCUGCUGACUUUGCCCAGGACAUCGACAUCAACCCAGGUGCCGUGUACAAAUGCAGGCAUUGCCCGUACAUCAACACCCGCAUCCACGGUGUCCUGACCCACUACCAGAAGCGACACCCGGCCAUCAAGGUGACCGCCGAGGACUUUGUGCACGACGUGGAGCAGUCUGCCGACAUAACCCAGAACGACGUGGAGGAGACCAGCAGGAUUUUCAAGCAAGGGUAUGGCGCCUACCGGUGCAAACUGUGUCCGUACACGCACGGCACUCUGGAGAAACUCAAAAUCCACUACGAGAAGUACCACAAUCAGCCCGAAUUUGAUGUCUUUUCCCCGUCGCCCCCGAAGCUGCCAGUCUCCCUGGAGCCCGAGAUAACCACUGAAGUGAGCCCCUCCCAAGUCUCCAUCACCGAGGAGGAGGUGGGAGAGGAGGCCGUGUCCACUUCUCACUUCUCUACCUCGCACCUGGUCUCCCACACUGUGUUCCGGUGCCAGCUCUGCAAGUACUUCUGCUCCACGAGGAAGGGCAUCGCCAGGCACUACCGGAUCAAGCACAACAACGUGCGAGCCCAGCCCGAAGGCAAGAACAACCUGUUCAAGUGUGCCCUCUGUGCCUACACCAACCCCAUCCGCAAAGGGCUGGCGGCCCACUACCAGAAGCGCCACGACAUCGACGCCUACUACACGCACUGCCUGGCGGCUUCCAGGACCAUCAGCGACAAGCCCAACAAGGUGAUCAUCCCGUCGCCGCCCAAGGACGACUCCCCGCAGCUGAGCGAGGAGCUCCGGCGGGCGGUGGAGAAGAAGAAGUGCUCCCUGUGCGCCUUCCAGUCGUUCAGCAAGAAGGGCAUCGUGUCCCACUACAUGAAGCGCCACCCGGGCGUGUUCCCCAAGAAGCAGCACGCCAGCAAGUUGGGGGGCUACUUCACGGCCGUCUACGCGGACGAGCACGAGAAGCCCCCGCUGCUGGAAGAAGAGGAGAGAGGCAGCUUUGAGAAAGCCGAGGUGGAGGGCGAAGCGCAGGAGAUCGAGUGGCUCCCAUUCCGCUGCAUCAAAUGCUUCAAGCUGUCAUUCAGCACGGCGGAGCUGCUGUGCAUGCACUACACUGACCACCACAGCCGGGACCUCAAGAGGGACUUCGUCAUUCUGAGCAGCGGCCCCCGCCUGCAGAACUCCGCCUACCAGUGUAAGCACUGUGAUAGCAAAUUGCAAAGCACAGCCGAGCUGACCUCACACUUGAACAUUCACAAUGAGGAAUUCCAGAAGCGUGCCAAACGUCAGGAGAGGAGGAAACAGCUUUUGAGCAAGCAGAAAUAUGCAGAUGGUGCUUUUGCAGAUUUCAAACAAGAGAGGCCUUUUGGUCACUUAGAAGAGGUGCCAAAGAUCAAGGAGAGGAAAGUGGUGGGCUACAAGUGUAAAUUCUGUGUGGAAGUGCACCCAACGCUUCGAGCCAUCUGUAAUCACCUGCGGAAACACGUCCAGUAUGGCAGCGUCCCAGCUGUGUCCGCCGCUGUGAAGCAGGAGGCUGAAGACCCUUCCCACCUGUUCCUGGAUGGAUUGGAAGCAGCCAAAGAUGCCAGUGGCGCCCUGGUGGGCCGGGUGGAUGGUGAACACUGCUUGCUUGAUGGAAUGUUGGAGGAUGAAACCCGGCCGGGGGGAUACCAUUGCAGUCAAUGUGACAGAGUCCUGAUGUCCAUGCAGGGGCUGCGUUCUCAUGAGAGGAGCCACCUGGCCCUGGCCAUGUUUACCCGCGAGGACAAGUACAGCUGCCAGUAUUGCUCCUUUGUUUCUGCUUUCAGGCACAAUUUGGAUCGCCAUAUGCAAACCCACCAUGGACACCAUAAACCAUUCCGAUGCAAACUCUGCUCCUUCAAGUCCUCAUACAAUAGCCGGCUGAAAACGCAUAUACUCAAAGCUCAUGCCGGUGAACAUGCCUACAAGUGUUCUUGGUGCUCAUUCUCCACCAUGACAAUCAGCCAGUUGAAGGAACACUCCCUCAAAGUCCAUGGAAAAGCCUUGACCCUCCCUAGGCCACGGAUUGUCAGUCUCCUCUCCUCACACGCCCACCACUCCUCCCAGAAAGCUGCCCCCACUGAAGAAGUGGAAGACUCCAAUGACUCGUCCUACUCGGAGCCCCCAGAUGUUCAGCAACAGUUGAACCACUACCAGUCAGCUGCCCUGGCAAGGAACAACAGCCGCGUCAGCCCCGUGCCUCUUUCUGGGGCCGCAGCUGGAACUGAGCAGAAAACCGAAGCCGUUCUUCACUGCGAAUUCUGUGAAUUCUCCUCUGGCUACAUCCAGAGCAUCAGGCGCCACUACCGGGACAAGCAUGGAGGGAAGAAGCUUUUCAAGUGCAAAGACUGCUCCUUUUACACAGGCUUUAAGUCUGCUUUCACUAUGCACGUGGAAGCUGGGCAUUCAGCGGUUCCCGAGGAGGGCCCCAAAGACCUUCGCUGUCCUCUCUGCCUCUACCACACCAAAUACAAACGCAACAUGAUCGACCACAUCGUGCUGCACCGAGAAGAGCGAGUUGUCCCCAUUGAAGUGUGCCGUUCCAAACUGUCAAAAUACUUGCAGGGAGUCGUUUUCCGCUGUGAUAAGUGUACCUUCACCUGCUCCAGUGACGAGAGCCUCCAGCAACACAUAGAAAAGCACAAUGAACUGAAACCGUACAAAUGCCAGCUCUGCUACUAUGAGACCAAGCACACGGAGGAACUGGACACCCACCUUCGGGAUGAGCAUAAGGUAAGCCGUAACUUUGAGCUGGUUGGACGGGUUAACUUGGAUCAGCUGGAACAGAUGAAAGAGAAAAUGGAGAGCUCUAGCAGCGACGAGGAGGACAAAGAAGAGGAGAUGAACAGCAAGCCCGAUGACGCAGAGCUCAUGAGGUUUUCUGACCAUGGGGCUGCUGUGAACACGGAGAAGCGUUUUCCAUGUGAAUUUUGUGGCCGGGCGUUUUCCCAGGGCUCUGAGUGGGAGAGACACGUGCUGAGACACGGCAUGGCAUUGAAUGACACCAAGCAGGUGAGCAGGGAAGACAACCAUCCCAAAGAGGCCCUGGAGGACAGUAUUAAGAUGCCCUCCGUGGAGGAAAAGGAAGUUGGCGAGGCGAUGGGGAUAGACUUUUCCCUAAAGAAUGAAACAGUAGCCAUCUGUGUUGUUGCUGCCGACAAAUCUCUCCUGGAGAAUGCAGAGGCCAAAAAAGAAUAAGCAUUUGGUGAAAUUCCUGAUCAACCCUUACUUGAACCGUGAUGAGAAAGUGGGAGGGCCAGCUUGGGCUGAGAAGGGAGGGACAGACAAGAGAAGACAGAACAAAGCUGCUUUUUAGGACUGAACAAUCUAUUUUCAAAGCACUGGUACCUGUGUGAGUGAGUCUGUAAAUUAAAGUUAUUUAAAUGGUUGGAAUAUGUGGUUCCUUUUCCAUCACUACAUCCUUUGUUCCGGAUCUUCAUCAUGGAAGUUUCGUUUGUUGUGGAACAUGGAGGCACCUCGCGUCGGCACGGUGCGUUCUGUGGCGGUCUUGGACAGUAGCUGGAGACAAGAAGCUCCGGGACAGAAGACUUCUCGUGGGGGAACAACUUCCUGACGCACAACUUUGAGUGCGUUUUUCUAGUUUUAAUACCUUAAGCUUUUUCAAGACCUAACUGCAGCCGCUUUGGGAAGAAAAAAAAAAAACAAAAAUAAAAACAGAACACAAAAAAAAAACUGCUUUGCAUAAAACAGUCACCUGUUUCCUAGUACCUCAAACUUAACCAAGGGAAUUCUCUGCAUUUGUCAGUACUACCUGCCGUCCUUGUGGCUAAAUGUAGAGAGAACUGCUGGGCAAGAUGGUGAAUGGAGGAAAAAAAAAAGAGUUUUAAAGAAAGGAACACAAAUUGUGCUUAAAAUCCCCAUGUGGGUUUUAUUUCUUAAAAUACUGUGAUUUUUUAAAUUAUUUUAGUAAAAAACAAAACAAAAAAAAGAAACAGACUUUAAUUAUUAGAUACCUGUUUGUGAAUUGUCAUCCUUUAUUCCAGGUAAGCUGUUUAUUAGUGUUCAACUAUAAUUUAGAAUUUGGUAGGUUCAUGUGAGCUAAUUUUAAGGUGAUUGUGGAGUUUUGUUUGCCACAUGUUUAUUUUCUAUCAAUCUGAGUGUUACAAACACAGCACAAUUCAGUUUUUCAUACGAAUUGGUUUUUGUGUGUGUGUUGUUACUUUUUUAAUUUGGGGCAAGGGAGAGUUAGUUUUCUGUGAAUAGGAAUGUUUUUAUUUUAAACAUGGAAAUAACAAAGAAGUUAACUUUCUUUUUCUUUUUAUUUAACUAAAGAACCAAACUUUCGGCACAGCUAUGCAGCUCGCGGGCCAGUGAGGAGGCCCUCUUCACCCUUUGUUGCUCAUCAAACUAACAUAUUAUCCGUCUCACACAAGUAAUUUCUGUUAGGAUGGGCUGGCUUUUGUGUGUGGUUUUCAAAUCUGUGUUUUUGUUUGCAUUGUGUUUUGUGGGGAUUUCUUGUUUAUUUUGGAGGACAAGGGGGUGUGCUAGAAUCCCAUCCCUUUGGUGAGAAUGGACAAGAAAUAAUGUGUAUCCUACAGGAACCUGGAGAACUACUUUUUUCUUCUUUUUCUUUUUCUUUUUUUUUUCAAACUAGCUGCCAGCUGCUCUAUUUCCCCAUAUUAGCUUUUUCAAGAUGGAGCAGCUUAGACUAAAUCUAAGUCUACAUCUAUAAUAAUUUCUGAUUGUGAACAAAGGGUUUUGUUCCAAAAAGUAGAAAAUAAUUUUUUUGAAGCCUAGGUUUUAGAAGCCUGUGUGUGUGUGUGUGUAUGCUUGGAUAAUGUGUGUUUAUGCGGGGUGUGUGUGUGUGUGUGUGUGUGUGUGAGUCCUUUGGUUUUCAUGUUUUGGUUUUUUUUUUACUUGG